UGAAUCCCAUUGAAGACCUAGGGUUUUUUUAAUUGUACUCGAUUUUCCCUCAAUUCUCUCUUUACAUAUAUCCAUCCGCUAUUUUUUUUUCGGUGAAUUUGAGUGUUUUGCUGGUUCUAUAGAAUAAUUUCUAGCUAAUCACCGGAUAUUCGGCAGGGAUACAAUCCAAGAGUGUCCUCCUCAAUGGCUCAACCCGGCAAUGCCGCCGCUGGAGUUGAUAACACUUUCCGGAAAAAAUUUGAUCGAGAGGAAUAUUUGCAACGCGCACGCGAGCGCGAAGAAAAGGAGGCGGAGGGUCGGACAAAAUCAAAAUCAAAAGGUCCACCGGUGCAAAGGAAACCGUUGAAGCACAGGGACUAUGAAGUGGACCUUGAAUCACGCCUGGGAAAGACUCAGGUUGUGACACCCAUUGCGCCUCUUAGUCAACAGGCAGGAUAUUUCUGUUCAGUCUGUGAAUGUGUAGUUAAGGAUUCUGCUAAUUACUUGGAUCAUAUAAAUGGGAAGAAACAUCAAAGAGCUUUGGGUAUGUCUAUGCGGGUUGAAAGGGCAACAUUGGAGCAGGUCCAAAAGCGGUUUGAAGUCCUCAAGAAGCGGAAAGAUACGGGAGACUUUACUGAGCAAGAUUUUGAUGAACGGAUCCUGAAACAACAACAAGAAGAGGAGGAAAGAAAACGCCUACGUCGAGAGAAAAAGAAAGAGAAAAAGAAGGAGAAGGCGGCCGAAGAGGAGGAGGAGGAGCUGGCAGUAGACCCUGAAGUGGCUGCUAUGAUGGGAUUCGGAGGUUUCCGAUCAUCGAAAAAAUGAUAUAAUAUUUGAAUGGUUGGUUGUUGCUCAAGAAACCAACAAAUAUAACUAACUGUGGUAUCCAAAUAUAACUAUCGUUUGUUUGUGCUUUGAUCUCAUUCCCUUUUAUCUUUCGAAAUGAAAAUCUAUUAUGUUCUACUCACUAUAAUUAAACAUUUUGUGGAUACAAUAUA